UCAACUACUGAAACAAGACAACAAGCACCAACAUCCUGCAGCAGUCCCGGCAUCACGUGUGUCCUGAGUCUCGAUCCCUCACGCGCACCUCUUCAGGAGUGCCUAGGAGCAGUAGGUUAGCACACCCAUCCUUUCUCAUCUGGAACCAUGAGGAAAAGGCUGAUCCAGGUUUCUGGUUUCCUGAUCUCAACGCUGGGAUGGCUUUUUGUACUUUGUACUAUGGCGAUGGAUUACUGGAGGAUCACCCAGAUAGGUGGCCAGGGAGGUUCAUUCAUUAUCAAGGUGGCCUGGUACUGGUCCAACCUGUGGAAGGACUGCUUCACAGACUCGACAGCAGUUACCAACUGCAGAGACUUCCCUGUGCUGUGGUCUGUCAAACCUAUCGUCCAGGGAGUGAGAGGCCUGCUGAUGUGUGGACUAACCCUUGGGUUUUUUGGUGCAAUAUUUUGCUUUGUUGGCAUGGAGUGCACAUAUAUUGGAGGAGGGGAAAAAAACAAGGAUUUGCUUUUGUUCGCCGGAUCCGUAUUUCACUUUGUCGGUGGUGUGUCAGACUUAGCUGCAUACUGCUUAUACAUCAACAAAGUCGCAAGGACAACUUUCACUCAAUCUUCGCCAGAAAUCCUGAAGUAUGACUUAGGACCUCCCAUUUUUAUUGGAUUGGUUGGGUCUUUUUGCAUCCUCUUAGGGGCCAUUCUCUAUGCUGUGACUGUGUACAAAGUCCUAUUCCCUAAAGCAAAGGUGGUGCUCGCCCAUGGGGGUCCUAGAACAGGAACAUACAUGGCCUCUCAGGCCAGAGGCAGGACCCUCUACACUGGAUACUACAGACCACCCAGACAGUACAGAUCCUACGGCUCAGGGAUAUCCAGCAGCUCUAAACUCACUAGGAUCUCCCAGAUAACACCUGAGGAACUGUCAGACAGAGAUGCUUUUGUGUAGUGGCAUUGGCUACAGUACUAGUUCCAGACAAUGUGUUUGUAAAUACCAUUAAGAUGAAGUCUAUUAAGGAUAUUGUGAACAUUGUUUUUUUUCCAGCUACAUUAUUUGAUCUAGUCUUUUCAGGUCAAUUUUCAUUUGAUCACGCUGUUGUUGCAGAGAAUUUUCCUGCACAGAAGGAAAUGCUAAUUCUAGUGCAUUUGAGGUUUUAAAAGGCUUCUAAAGUUUGUAAUUUCCAUGUUAAAAUGUCAGAUUUUCUUUAUCAUAACUAAAAAUGU